CAGGAUGAUGUGGGGAGUCUUACUUCGUCCAUAUUAGCCCAGUGCCUCAUCAAAGGAAACAGAGAUCGACCACGGAAAAAAGCCAGAUCGUCUACUAAAUCUUCAAGUUCUUCCAAAGAGAAAGACUCCACAGCAAAUCCCUCCCCUAAAACUCCUAAGUCUCCCAAGUCACCCAAGGCUUGGAUGGACUGGUUCUUGGAGCAGAGUGGAGCUGAAGGUAUUAAGGAGAAUCUGAAUGUAGCAGCCAAGGCAAUCAAGAGCAAAUCUCGUAAAUCUGGUGGAAAGUUACCAGAAGGCUCCAGGAAAAAGCGCAAAAGUACUCCUUGUGUCCGCAGAAAGAUUGAACACAUCUUGAAACCAGAGGAGGUGACAGAGGAGAUGCUUGAACGUGUUGCUACAAAACCAAAGGAAAAGAUGCAUGAUCAGGAAAAUGGAACUUCAUGCCAUCAAUGUAGGCAGAAGACAGCAGAUACAAAGACUAUAUGCAGAUCUGGUAAAUGUGUUGGAUUAAGGGGCUUUUUCUGUGGUCCUUGUUUGCGCACAAGGUACGGUGAAGAUGCAAGGAAAGCAUUACUUGAUCCUGAUUGGGCUUGUCCUGUAUGUAGAGGAAUAUGCAACUGUUCACUGUGCAGAAAGGCUUUUGGCCAACAAGCUGUGGGGCAAAUAGUCCAAAGGUUAGGGAAAAUGGGUUAUAGUAGCGUACAGCAGUACUUGGAAUCACAGAGCACAGAAUGUGAAGGAAUAGAAGGCCUAGAAAAAACAGGCCCUGAUAAAGAUCUAGAACAAGACACUAAUUUAGAUUUAGAAGGUCAAGAUCAUCUUCAAGAUCCUAAAGAAGAGAAAUUGGAGUUGCCAGAUGAGAGUGAUGAGGAAACUUUAAUGGAUGCAUGAUAAACAUGGAGACCUUAAUUAAGUGAUAAUUCAUGGUCAUCCACUUUUCAUUCAUAUUACCAGCUUUCAUUCUUGUAUGAGUGGUUUUAGAUUUCAACUAACAAAUUGCAUGCAUAUCAUAAGGAAUAUGGAAAAUUUAGGACAAAGGAGAUUAAAUGGCCUUAUUUACAGGGGUGGAUUGCUGGUUUACACAAACUACAGCAUCUAGAUUUUUUAAUGCAAAUGUUGAAAUGUUCAAAAAAGUUAAUUACUUUACAAAUGUAGUUUCUUAUCUCAUAGUUAUAAGGAUAGCUUAAUUGGAUUUAUUGUAUAUUUUCCUUGUUGACUGCUGCAUCUGUUACUACCAUUAUCUGUGUUAUUUAGUUACUGUGUAGCUUUAUACUCAACACUUCUGUUAGUUGUCAAGAAUUGUGCAUUUGUUUUAGUUUCUGAUAUUAGUAUCUUUUAAUCUGCUUGCUUUUUAACUAGUCUACUUUAAACAUGUUUGGAAUUUAGAGAUUAAUACACUUGCAUUUCUUUUCAGUGUAAAAGUUCAUUUUUUGAUAGGCAUUCAAGCGUGCACGCGUGUCACACACACGCGCGCACACACACGCACGCACACACACACGCACGCACGCACGCACGCAACACACACACACACACACACACACACACACACACACACACACACACACACACACACACACACACACACACACACACACACACACACACACACACAAUUGUGUUUGUAUUCAUUGUAUAUCAACUGGGGACACAUCACAAUAGUUAGAUAUUGUCUUGUGAGUCAGUCCUUUGUUUCUAAGCUUCACUGGAAAGGGGGAAAUCAAGUUAGUUCCUAUUUCAAGGCUGUAGAAAAAUGGUGAUAAUUGUUGUGGACCAAUGAACAUUCACUUUUGUAACCCCCCAGAGCCCCAGGUCUUAUAUAAAAACAUUAGUUAAUAGCCUUCAAAUUUCAAGCAAGCAUACACACACAUGCGCACACACGCACACACCCACACACGCACACUUAUACAUGCACACACAUGCACACACACAUUCCCAAACACAACCAC